AUGACGUUCCAGCUUUAUCAACAGUGCAAAGGUGGGCAACUGAACUUAGGAGGAGAAGAGAGAAUCUUGAAGAUGAUCCAAUCUGGACGUCUUACAAUUGCAACUACCGGGAAAAUCAUUGAUCAUAUUCACACUAUGAUGAUGGAUGAUAGACGAAUGAGUGUGAAUCAAAUAAACAAUACUAUUAACAUUUCCCAUCAGAGAGUUGAGAAUACUCUGCAUAAUAAUCCUGGCAUGACGAAUGUUUCUGCUGGGUGGGUGCUACGUCCUCUGACACCUAAUCAAAAUCGCACCAAGCUGAUUACAUCAUGGGAACACCUGACAUCGUUUGAAGCAGAUCUAGCUAGAUUUGUUCAACGUUUCCUCAUCUAG